CACACACACACACACACUAGUCCUGAGCGAUUAACUGUUGUCGGUUCAAUUACUUGAAUACAAUUUAGUAAAAAAAAAAAAAUUGUGAGCCCAAUGCGCCAUUUCUCUGGAGAGAAAUCAAAUCAUUCGCUAGAGAAAUUAAGUCAAGAACUAUGUGGGACGCUGGGCUGAAGCGCUGUAGUUUUCAUAAAGCAAAUAUUCAACCUAGUUCAGAGCAGGAACGUGAUAAUUAACUACAAUGACCAUAAUCCAUUGUGCCUGUUCCACUUGGACAGAGAUGGAUGCACUUUUACACCUGCUACGUUAGGUGAGAUACACAUCGACCGCAUGACAGAGGAAUGUAGCCUACAUAACUAUGAGAAAGAGGGAUAUAGUUUGUGAAAGUAUGCCUUAUCUAUUGUGAACUAGUCAAAUGAGCUCCCGAGUGGUGUAGCGGUCUAAGGCACUGCAUCUCAGUGCAAGAAGCAUCACUACAGUCCCUGGUUCGUAUCCAGGCUGUAUCACAUCUGGCCAUGAUUGUGAGUUCCAUAGGGCAGUGCACAAUUUAGGCAGGCUAGCUAAAUACGAUGACUAAAGACUGUCUGGUGAAUAGGAGGACUAAAGACUGUCUGGUGAAUAGGAGGACUAAAGACUGUCUGGUGAAUAGGAGGAUUAAAGACUGUCUGGUGAAUAGGAGGACUAAAGACUGUCUGGUGAAUAGGAGGAUUAAAGACUGUCUGGUGAAUAGGAGGACUAAAGAAUGUCUGGUGAAUAGGAGGACUAAAGAAUGUCUGGUGAAUAGGAGGACUAAAGAAUGUCUGGUGAAUAGGAGGACUAAAGAAUGUCUGGUGAAUAGGAGGACUAAAGACUGUCUGGUGAAUAGGAGGACUAAAGAGUGUCUGGUGAAUAGGAGGACUAAAGACUGUCUGGUGAAUAGGAGGAUUAAAGAAUGUCUGGUGAAUAGGAGGACUAAAGACUGUCUGCUGAAUAGGAGGACUAAAGAGUACAGUCUGCUGAAUAGGAGGACUAAAGAGUACUGUCUGCUGAAUAGGAGGACUAAAGAGUACUGUCUGGUGAAUAGGAGGACUAAAGAGUACUGUCUGGUGAAUAGGAGGACUAAAGAGUACUGUCUGGUGAAUAGGAGGACUAAAGAGUACUGUCUGGUGAAUAGGAGGACUAAAGAGUACUGUCUGGUGAAUAGGAGGACUAAAGAGUACUGUCUGGUGAAUAGGAGGACUAAAGAGUACUGUCUGGUGAAUAGGAGGACUAAAGAGUACAGACUGGUGAAUAGGAGGACUAAAGACUGUCUGGUGAAUAGGAGGACUAAAGACUGUCUGGUGAAUAGGAGGAUUAAAUACUGUACUGGUGAGCACAGAGAUAAUGUCAGUGGCUGAUACUGCCUCUGAUGAGAUGAUGACUUUAAGGAAUUAAAUAUAAUAAAAGUAAUAUACUCAACUGAAAGAUUGGCUUUGGAAUUUGAAUUAAAAUAGUCAAAUCUUGUCAUUAUUUCAUAACACAUUCAUCACAUUUAAUGUUUUAAAAAUAAUCGUGGUUAAUCGUGGAAACUGAACCGACCUCAAAACGCACCAAUCGCUCAGCACUAACACACGUACACACACCAGUUACCUACAUAUCUGAAAUAUAUCUUCACCAUUAUGUUAAACAUUGUUCUGUGUGUCCAGGUGAUAUUGUUAUUGUUGUU